CAAGGUCUGCGACUUCAAAAUCCGACAUUGAAUGGGGUUUUUUCGUUUCGACUCUGCGGCUGUUCUUGGAGCUUAAAACCCUAACUAAAACCAUUGCUUGAACUUCGACAUUCCUAUCCCAAAAUGUCUAAAAUUUCCUCGACAUUUUUGCUCUAUUUCAUCCAGAAUCGGUUCAUCAAUACGAUUUCUGGUUCUACAUUGCCUCUAGCGUCUGUGUCUACGAUUGAAUUCCUCAAGAACUCUUGUGGGCUUGCUACGGAUUCUCCUUCUUCCGCCCUUCGAAAGCUCCAAUUCGAUGAAAAAAGCGCCAAGAAGUACGAAGCCGUUCCUCGUUUCUUGAAAUCAUAUGGAUUCGAGAAUUCGCAGAUCGCCAAGUUGAUCGCGAAGCGACCUUCAAUCCUUCAAUCGAGAGUCUCCAGCAAUCUGAAGCCUAAAUUUGAGUUCCUCGAGGAAAUUGGGUUCGUCGGCCCUUUACUUCCCAAGGUAAUUUUAUCGAACCCCACUAUUCUGCAGAGGGGCUUAGAUUCUCAGUUGAAACCAUCGUUUUGUUUCAUUAAGGAAAUGCUUGAAUCGGAUGAGCAGGCUAAUUUUGCUAUUCGUCGAUCUUCGUGGCUUCUAACUUUUGAUUUUAAGGGUGUUAUGCAAUCUAACGUUAAUGUGUUGCUCGGUGAAGGGGUACCUUCGAGGAAUAUAUCGAAAUUGAUUGGGCAGCAACCAAGAACUAUUAUGCAAAAGGUUGAUAGAAUGGUUUGUGCAGUGAAGAAGGUCAAGGAAUUGGGCAUUGAACCACAGACUCGUAUGUUUGUUCGUGCGCUUCGUGUAGUGUUGUCCAUGAAUGACACAACUUGGAAGAAGAAAAUAAAUGUUUUCAAGAGUUUGGGAUGGUCUGAGAAGGAGAUUUUAACAGCAUUUAAGAGAGACCCAUAUUGUUUAGCUUGUUCAGAGGAGAAAAUGAGGGCUGUUGCAGAUUUCUGUUUCAACGCUGCAAAAUUGGACCCAGAAACUGUAAUUUCUUACCCCACGUUCUUCAUGUCUGGACUGGACAAGCGUCUCCGGCCAAGGUUCAAAGUUGUUGAGGUUUUGAAGGUAAAAAAACUGAUUGAGAACAGAAAGAUUGCUCGGUUGCUUGUUCUAGGGGAAAGAAUUUUUGUGAAGAAUUAUGUUCUUAAGCAUUUGGAUGAAGUCCCAGAUCUUAUGGACAUAUACAGGGGCAAUGCGGCAGCCGAAUCCAGACCUGUUCUAUAGGAUUGGAAGGUGUUACAGUUACAAGUUUAAUUUUUGAAAUGAUGAAAUCUAUGCAUAUCUCCACACACUCGUAGGUUCUUUCGAACGUGUAUCGUAGUGUCAGGACUGGUAUUUAAAAGACCAAAAGUAAUGGCGAGCUUCUCGCUAUGGCUAUUGAGGAGCUGCUCCUGCACAUCGUCUUCUACAUCUUGAAUCGAGUUAGUAUCUGGCACAUAGUCAGCUACCUUGAUUUCAUCUCUAAGUUCUUCAAAAAAGGCAUAUAUUCUCUUAGAUUGUAAAUGAGUUGUGCUCCCAAACUAAUGUGCAUGUUUUUAAUAAAAUCUCAGGCUUCCUUGAUCUUACCAACUCGAUCGAGAAGGUCGGCCAUGACACUGUAGUGAUCCAUCGAAGGCUUUAAUCCAUUUUCUUGAAAUAGUAGAGUCCCUCACACCAUACCGAGUGACUGCGGGUAGAGAUGACACAAAAAUAUAUAUCAUUUGGCUUGAUUGUUCCUCU